AUGCUUCAGCCCCGAAUUGCCCUACGGGCCAUUCGGCUGCCUUUUAGGUGUCUACCCUCUCUGCCUACGCCAGCUCGCGGCUAUUCAACUGUCGUCAAUGAGAUCGAAAAGAACAAGCCGAAGCCUAUCGAAUCGACACCGAACUCUUUUAUCGACCCGAACACCUCAUUCGCACCUCCACCAACCCGUGAUACCUCUGGCGUUGUGUUGCGCACAUACACUCCGCGCACCCCCGGUGUGAGACAUUUACGGCGGCCAGUAAAUGAUCAUCUUUGGAAAGGGCGUCCAGUGCACAAAUUGACGUUCCCUAAGCGUGGUCAGGCUAAGGGUGGUCGAAACAAUUCUGGUCGAGUCACUGUCCGCCAUCAUGGAGGUGGUGCCAAGCGUCGUAUUCGGACCAUCGAUUUUCUGCGCAUGGCCCCAGGGCCGCACACCGUGGAGCGUAUCGAGUAUGAUCCCGGACGCAGUGCACACAUUGCUUUGACUGUCAGCAAGGAGACUGGCACAUUGAGUUACAUUCUCGCGGCCGAUGGGAUGCGGGCCGGCGAUGUGGUUCAGAGUUAUAUGUCUGGUAUUCCUGAGGACCUAUGGAGGAGCAUGGGAAGCACAGUCGAUCCUGGUGUGCUCGCUGCCAGAACCGCUUGGAGAGGAAAUUGUCUGCCGUUGCACAUGAUUCCUGUGGGAACGUUGAUCUUCAACUUGGGAUUGCGACCCGGAAAGGGUGGUCAAUUGUGCCGAAGUGCUGGAACCUACGCCACGGUCGUGGCUAAAGGUAGUGACUCGCGUCAACAGUCUAUCCAAGAUGAAGAGCCUCAGGCCGAGAAGAAGCCCUUGUCUCAGCGUGAGCAACAGAAGCAGGAGCGUCUUGCCCAGCACAUCACUGUCCGUCUCUCAAGCGGCGAGACUCGGCUCAUUCACAAGGACUGCUGCGCUACCAUUGGUAUUGCCAGCAACCCCAAUUACCAGUACACUCAACUCGGAAAGGCUGGCCGCUCACGUUGGCGCAACAUUCGUCCCACUGUGCGUGGUCUGGCUAUGAACGCCAUGGACCAUCCCCACGGUGGUGGUCGCGGCAAGUCCAAGGGUAACGUCGACCCGAAGAGUCCUUGGGGUAUUCCGACCAAGUCCGGCUACAAGACCCGCCCCAAGUGGAAGAUCAACAAGGCUGUUGUUCACGCGAGACCUCGUAACCAAGGAAAGCGCCGUCGCGGUUACAACUAG